CUUACACCUCCUUAAAACCCAGACCCAGAGAAAGAAAUCAGAAAGGACUCCCCAAAACACCAAGCUUCGUAGAGAGAGAAAAAUGGCGUCUAGGGUUCCGAUCUGGUUUAUGGUUGUUUGUCUCCUGUCUUUGACUGGAGUGCGCGCGGAAGAGUCUGAAUCGAAGGAGUUCGUUCUCACUUUGGACCACUCCAACUUCUCCGACACCGUCGGCAAGCAUGACUUCGUCGUCGUCGAGUUUUACGCUCCGUGGUGCGGCCACUGUAAGAAUCUUGCCCCAGAGUAUGAAAAAGCGGCUUCCAUAUUGAGCAGUCAUGAUCCUCCAAUCGUUUUGGCCAAAGUUGAUGCGAAUGAGGAAGUAAACAAAGAUCUCGCGGCUCAAUUUGAUGUCAAGGGUUUCCCAACAAUUAAGAUUUUGAGAAACGGAGGCAAGUCUAGUCAGGAUUACAACGGACCACGGGAAGCAGAUGGUAUUGUUGAAUAUCUGAAGAAACAGAGUGGCCCUGCUUCUGUGGAGAUCAAGUCGGUGGAAGACGCUAGUAAUCUUAUUGUAGACAAAAAGAUUGUCGUUGUUGGUAUUUUCCCAAAAUUGUCUGGAGAAGAGUUUGAGAAAUACACGGCUUUAUCUGAGAAAUUGCGCUCUGAUUAUGAGUUUGGUCAUACUACGGACGCCAAGCUCCUCCCACGUGGUGAAUCAUCAGUUACUGGGCCUUUGAUUAGACUCUUUAAACCGUUCGACGAACUUGUUGUUGACUUUAAGGAUUUUGAUGUUGCUGCUUCUGAGAAGUUUGUUGAGGAUGCUAGUGUGCCGAUUGUGACCGUGUUUGACAAUGACCGCAGCAAUCACCCAUUUGUUAUAAAAUUCUUUAAUAGCCAGAAUGCAAAGGCAAUGUUGUUUCUGAGCUUCAGCAGUGACAUUGCUGAUGCUUUUAGAUCAAAAUUUCACGAAGUUGCUGAGAAAUUUAGAACAGAGGGUGUAAGCUUUCUUGUGGGAGAUCUCGAGGCCAGUCAAGGUGCCUUCCAGUAUUUUGGACUAAGAGAGGAUCAAGUACCCCUUAUAGUCAUACAGACCAAUGACGGCCAAAAGUACUUGAAGCCAAAUCUGGAGCCUGAUCAUAUUGCACCUUGGGUCAAGGAAUUCAAGGAGGGCAAGGUGCAGCCGUACAAGAAGUCUGAACCUAUCCCGGAGCAAAACAAUGAACCUGUUAAAGUGGUCGUUGCUGACACCCUCCAGGAGAUAGUUUUCAACUCUGGCAAAAAUGUAUUAUUGGAAUUUUAUGCUCCUUGGUGUGGACACUGCAAGAGUCUUGCUCCUAUCUUGGAGGAAGUUGCUGUUUCAUAUGAAAGUGAUCCUGAUGUUAUUAUCGCAAAGCUUGAUUCCACAGCAAAUGAUAUCCCAAAUGAUACUUUUGAGGUCAAGGGUUAUCCCACCGUGUAUUUCAAGACCGCAAGUGGUAAAAUUUUGCUAUAUGAUGAGGACAGGACAAAGGAAGCCAUCAUUGCUUUCAUUGAGAAGAACCGGGAAAAGAUUGAAAAGGAAGAAUCAGGAAAAAAGAUUGAAAAGGAAGAAUCAGGAAAAGAUGAGCUCUAAGGAUGUACAUGUACACAUUUGGCGGACAUUGUGGUGUGGCAGCUGUCGACUUAUACUUUGAAUAGCAGCAUCAAAAUGUCUUACCUCCCUUACCUGUCAGCUUUUAUGUUUUUAUUUUUAUUUUUUUCACUUCCGUAUUUAGUUUCUUUAAUAAAUGUGGUGGGGAUUUUGCAUUUGUAGCUACGCGAGUUUCAGGGAUUAGCUACAUCUUGUAAAAGUCGUGAUUGUAGAGACCUCAAGUUAUAAGAACGUUGAGUUACGUCUUUAUUACCAGAGUUUGUCAUGAAUUAA